GAGAGAGAUAUUUUUCAAUCUCACCUUCCUUAAAAAUGAUACUUCCUGGUUUUUUUUGUUUUUCAAACCUCAAUUUUCCCAGUCAAGAAUGUAAUAAUCAUAUAAAAGGCUGGAGUGAAAUUCUUUCUUCUUCCAUUUCACAACCUCCUCCUCCUCAUCUCUACAAGUGCAGAGAGAUACCUGUGGUACCAAAAAAUGGCGGGAAAUGGUUGAAGUAUCUCUGAAAAAAUCUUAGAUAAAUCUUAAUAAUAAGAUCAACUGAUUUUUUUCUCGAAGUAUGUCGAAUUUCGGAGCUGUAUUAGGUGGAGGAGGAGAUGAAUUAGCUAGAUCUCUGAGUAGAUCAUCGUUUGGUGGGAGUACUCGAAGACAACCAUUAACUCUAAGAGAAGUGUUUACUACAGCAUCUAACUCUGAUGGAUUUAGAAGUGGAAGAAGAAUUGAAGAAGAUGAUGAAGAUGAAUUGAUUUGGGCUGCAAUUGAAAGAUUACCAACUUAUGAUAGGAUUAGGAAAUCAGUUCUCUCUCAGGUUACGGCGAGUGGUAGAAUUCAUCUUUCUGAAGUUGAUGUUUCGAAAUUGGAUUUACAGGAUAGGAAACAAUUGACGGAGAGUAUACUUAAAGUUGUUGAAGAAGAUAAUGAGAAGUUUCUUCGCAGACUUAGAGAUCGAGUCGACAGGGUUGGAAUUGAUAUUCCUAAAGUUGAAGUGCGAUUUGAGAAUUUGUCAGUGGAAGGGGAUGCGUUUAUUGCAAGUAGAGCACUUCCUACUUUGUUCAAUGCUAUGUUGAAUGCUUUUGAGAUGCUUCUUGGUUUCAUACGAUGUUCGCCAUCCAAGAAAGCAGUUAACAAGAUACUUCGUGAUGUUAGUGGAAUUGUUAAACCUUCAAGGUUGACGUUGCUGCUUGGACCUCCAGCCUCAGGGAAAACAACAUUUCUGCAAGCACUUGCAGGGAAGCUUGAUAAAAGUUUGCGGGUAACUGGAGAAAUCACCUACUGUGGUCACGAAUUCAAAGAAUUCAUCCCUCAAAGAACUUCUGCGUAUAUUAGCCAGAAUGAUCUUCACUAUGCACAAAUGACAGUCAGGGAAACGUUGAAUUUCGCUGGACGCUGCUUAGGAGUUGGGACCAGAUACGACUUGUUGGCAGAGUUGUCAAGACGAGAAAAGGAGGCAGGAAUAAAGCCAGAUCCUGAAAUCGAUGCAUUCAUGAAGGCAAUUUCCAUAGAAGGCCAAGAAAGCAGUUUGGUUACCGAUUGUGUUCUUAAGGUACUUGGGUUGGAUAUUUGUGCUGAUACCAUGGUGGGUGGAGCCAUGGCAAGGGGUAUCUCUGGCGGACAGAAAAAGCGUGUGACAACUGGAGAAAUGGUGGUUGGUCCAGCAAAAGCUUACUUCAUGGAUGAAAUAUCAACCGGUCUAGACAGUUCGACUACCUUUCAGAUUAUUAAGUUUAUGAAACAGUUGGUUCAUGUGAUGAAUGUGACUAUGGUCAUCUCUCUCUUGCAACCUGCUCCUGAAACAUUUGAGCUUUUCGACGACAUUAUCCUACUUUCUGAGGGUGAGAUUGUCUACCAUGGUCCCCGUGAAAACAUUCUCGAGUUCUUCGAAUUUAUGGGAUUCAAAUGCCCUGAGAGGAAAGGGGUUGCAGACUUUUUGCAAGAGGUAACUUCGAAGAAGGACCAAGAGCAAUAUUGGUACAAUAAGAAUGAAACUUACAGAUACAUCUCAGUAUCCGAGUUUGUGCAGUCGUUCAAAAGUUUCCGCACAGGUCAACAACUUAUAGAGGAACUCAGAAUUCCUUAUGAUAAAUCUAGAGCCCAUCCAGCUGCAUUAGUAAAGAACAAGUAUGGUAUCUCCAAUAGGGAACUCUUUAAGGCAUGCUUUUCCAGGGAAUGGUUGAUGAUGAAGCGCAACUCUUUCUUAUACAUUUUCAAAACUUGUCAGAUAACAUUUAUGUCAAUUAUUGCAUUGACAGUGUUCUUGAGAACAGAGAUGACAGUGGGUACAAUAGAAGGUGGAGGAAAGUAUCUUGGAGCAUUGUUUUUCAGUCUGAUUCAGGUCAUGUUUAAUGGGGUGGCGGAGCUCAGUAUGACUGUCGUUGGGCUCCCUGUGUUCUAUAAGCAGAGAGAUUUGUUGUUCUUCCCUGCCUGGGCUUAUGCUUUACCGAUUUGGAUUCUUAGGAUUCCCCUAUCUCUGAUGGAAUCAGGGUUGUGGAUCAUAUUAACAUAUUACACGAUUGGGUUUGCUCCUGCAGCCAGUAGGUUCUUUGGUCAGUUGUUGGCAUUCUUCGGUAUUCAUACGAUGGCUUUAUCUCUUUUCCGCUUCAUAGCAGCACUUGGAAGAACAACGGUCGUUGCCAACACACUUGGUACCUUCACUUUGCUACUGGUUUUUGUGCUUGGAGGAUAUAUUGUUGUCAAAGAUGAUCUUCAGCCAUGGAUGAGUUGGGCAUACUAUGUUUCUCCCAUGAUGUAUGGUCAGAACGCCAUUGCUAUGAAUGAAUUUCUCGAUGAUCGAUGGAACAAGCCUCUUCCCGGUGUCGAUCCCAUCACUGGUCAAAAUACAGCUGGAAAGAUCCUUCUAAAGUCUAGAGGCUUGUUUUUGACGAACAGUUGGUUUUGGAUUUGUAUCGCGGCACUAUUUGCUUUUUCUGUUCUCUUCAAUGUUCUUUUCAUUGCUGCACUCACUUAUUUAAGCCCUUUUGGUGACUCUAAGGCUUUGAAUACGUAUGAGGACGACGACGAAAAUAAGUCAAAGGAUAUUAGACUACAAGCAAGUGCUGGUUCAGAUGGUGGAGAACAAAGAAGAGGAAUGGUUUUACCUUUUCAGCCUCUUUCAGUUGCAUUCAGACAUGUCAAUUAUUAUGUCGAUAUGCCUGCUGAAAUGAAGAACCAAGGAAUUGAUGAAACUCGUCUCCAGUUGUUAAGUGAUGUUAGCGGUGCUUUCAGACCUGGUGUAUUGACAGCAUUAGUUGGUGUUAGUGGUGCUGGAAAAACUACAUUGAUGGAUGUUCUAGCAGGAAGGAAAACCGGAGGGUAUAUUGAAGGAGCAAUUACCAUAUCUGGAUAUCCAAAGAACCAAGCAACAUUUGCCCGAGUUAGUGGUUACUGUGAACAAACUGAUAUCCAUUCACCUCAUGUCACAGUUUAUGAGUCUCUUUUAUACUCAGCCUGGCUUCGUUUAUCUGGUGAUGUUAAUAAGGAGACGCGGAAGAUGUUUGUUGAUGAGGUUAUGGAUUUGGUUGAGCUUCAUCCAUUGAGCAAUUCUCUAGUUGGUAUGCCUGGAGAAGACGGUCUUUCAACUGAGCAGAGAAAGAGACUAACCAUAGCUGUAGAAUUGGUUGCCAAUCCAUCAAUCAUUUUCAUGGAUGAGCCAACGUCAGGACUUGAUGCUAGGGCUGCCGCCAUUGUCAUGCGAACAGUGAGAAACACUGUGGAUACAGGGAGAACCGUUGUUUGCACAAUCCAUCAACCUAGUAUUGACAUUUUUGAAGCUUUUGAUGAGCUAUUAUUGCUGAAAAGAGGAGGGCGAGUCACCUACGCUGGAUCACUUGGCACUCAUUCUCAUAAGCUUGUAGAAUAUUUUGAAGCCAUCCCAGGUGUCCCAAAAAUUAGGGAUGGAUACAAUCCUGCUACAUGGAUGCUUGACAUUAGUUCUGCCUCAAUGGAGGCUCAGCUUGAUGUGGAUUUCGCAGAAGUUUAUGCCAAUUCCACCCUUUAUGAGAGAAAUCAACAACUUAUCAAAGAAUUAAGAACGCCGGCACAAGAUUCGCAAGACCUUCACUUUCCUACGGAAUAUUCUCAAGAUUUUAUUACUCAAUGCAAAGCGUGUUUCUGGAAACAACAUUGGUCAUACUGGAGGAACCCGAAAUAUAAUGCAAUCCGGUUAUUUACAACUACAGUCAUUGGUGUUUUAUUUGGGGUUAUCUUUUGGAACAAAGGAGACAAAGUGUCUAAACAACAAGACUUGCAGAAUCUGCUUGGAGCUAUGUACGCUGCUACUCUUUUUCUUGGAGCGGGUAAUGCAUCUUCUGUUCAGUCUAUUGUGGCAGUUGAGAGGACUGUUUUCUAUCGUGAAAGAGCUGCGGGAAUGUACUCAGCAUUGCCUUACGCAUUUGCACAGGUGGCCAUCGAAGUGAUCUACGUAUUUGUUCAAACCUUAAUUUACUCUCUUAUCCUUUUCUCUAUGAUUGGAUUUCCUUGGAGCGCUGCCAAGUUCCUUUACUUCUUCUACUUCAUGUUCAUGUGCUUUACCUACUUCACAAUGUACGGAAUGAUGACAGUGGCAAUGACUCCAGCGCCUGAAAUUGCUGCCAUCGCUAUGUCCUUCUUUUUAGGUUUAUGGAAUUUGUUUUCUGGAUUCCUCAUUCCUAGGCCGCAAAUCCCAAUAUGGUGGCGAUGGUACUACUGGGCUUCACCUGUUGCUUGGACUCUCUAUGGUCUAGUGACAUCUCAGGUCGGCGACAGGACAAACGAGUUGCAGAUUCCAGGGUUGCCAAUCAAUCCAACAGUGCAGAAGUACUUGCAAGAAAGUUACGGCUGGGAAUAUGGCUUCCUUAAAUGGGUUGUCUUAGCCCAUAUCGGGUUUGUCCUUGCUUUCUUCUUUGUCUUUGCUUAUGGAAUCAAGUACCUCAAUUUCCAAAGAAGAUGAUGAAUGGACUUAAAGCUCGAACAUCUCUUUAGUACGUCUCGUUAAUAUUUCGUAAAGUUGAUCGAUUUUGAAUUUAAAUUGGAAUGUAUACGAGUUUAUCUCAAGUUAGAAGAGAAGAAAUUGCAUAUAUCUGUAGUUUGAUUGUAAUCUGUAUUGCUAGCGAAAGAGGAACGUGUAGAUUAUUACGAAUAAAAAACUGCCACUGCUGUGUUUAUAAACAAAACAAUAAUAA